UCCAUAGAUUAGGCAAUGAGUCGAGGACGCAAAGCUGUUCAAUUGACGAAAAAGAAUGAUUAUCUUAGUCAGUUGCCAGUUGAAAUUCUGAACACAAUCACUUGUAUGUUGAACCUAAAAGAUGCGGUGAGGACAAGCAUUUUAUCGAAAAGAUGGAGAUAUAUUUGGAUUAACCAUACUGACCUCAAAUUUAACCAUGUUAAUAUACUUGGAUUGGAAUUUAGUCUCCUUGAGAAAAAUUUGGUUGGUGCAAACACUAUUUUUGUGAAAUUUGUGGACGAAAUUAUGCAGCAGCGGUUGAAAGGCAACGACAAGAUUAACUCUUUUUGUCUUCAGUUUGAAUUGGGGAAGUGUUUUUCUCGAUCUAUUGAUUCGUGGAUCAGUUGUGCUGUUAGAAAAGGUGUUGAGACCAUUGAUCUUGAUUUGUCCAAAUUCAACUUCAAUUUUCCUGGAAUUUCAUCCUCCAAGCAACGAUGUAAGAGAUAUAACUUUUCGUUGCUUCGGACAGUCUCCGAAGAUAAAGGGUCACUGAAACAUCUGCGACUUGCCUUUUGCAAUUUCCAGGGUCGGUCAAGUUCCAAAAAGUUUGGUUCACUCAUUUCCCUUGAGCUACAAAGUGUAAAUAUAAGCAGUCUUCAAUUGGCCAAGGUUCUAGAAAGUUGCCCGUUACUUGAAAAGUUAGCUCUGGAUGCAUGUUCUAAACUCACUUAUUUGAGAAUUGGUCGUUCAACCAACAACACUGUUUUGAAGAUUUUGUCCUUGAAGAAAUGUCUCAAACUUAGGGAGAUUGAUCUUUGUGCCGACAAUCUCGUUUCCCUUGAGCUUGAAAGCAUAAAUAUAACCAAUUUGCAGUUGACAGAGAUUCUAAAAAGUUGCCCAUUACUUGAAGAAUUAACGCUGCAUAUGUGUUCUGACCUUAAUUAUACGAGACUAAGUGAUUCUGUCAAAAUUUUGUCCUCGAACAGUUUCAAUCUUAUGGAGAUUUAUUUUUGUGCCAACAACACUUGAAUACGCUGGUCUGCCAAGAUGGUUCUCAUUUAAGAUCAA